CAGGUCAUGUUAAAUUAGGGCAUAAUCAUCGUAUUAGCUAAGCACGGCAUCCAACUCGUACCAUUUUCUUUCAUACCCCGAGGUAUCUUACUCUUGAUUUCUAAGUAUAUAUAUAUAUCUAGAUCAUUUUCCACUUUAUCCAACCGAUAUUUACCCUUAUAGGUAACAGCAAAAAUGUCGUUUCAAAAUAUUCCAAUUCUCGACUUAAACUUGGCACUUAAUCCCGAAACUAAACCUCAGUUCUUGGAACAGUUACGAGAUGCUAUGAUUAAUGUUGGAUUUCUCUUGUUGAAAAACUACGAAUCUUUGGGCCCAAAUGAACAAGAAUUACAACAACUUAAAGAACAAACCCUUGAAUUCUUUGCUCUUCCUGACGAAAUCAAAUUAAAGUGUGAAAUGAUCAAUAGUCCACAUUUCUUGGGCUACUCAAGAUUAGCCAAUGAAAUCACUGCAUCUCAUACUGAUUGGAGAGAGCAAAUCGAUUUAGGUACAGAGUUACCACCUCCCAAAGAAGGUGAUCCAAUCUAUAAGAAUAUCGAGGGCCCUAACCUUUGGCCAGAUCAAGAAGCUAUACCAAACUUUAGACCUGCAGUGGAAACUUUUCAAAACAAAAUGGCUCAAUUAAGUUCAAUCUUCAGGAGCUUGGUUUUAGAAUCCAUCGGCCUUGACAAGAGCGCCAUGGAUGGGUACUUUAAGCCAAACCAACAAUGUAAAAUGAAACUUAUUGCUUACCCAGAUGGCAGCGCUUUAACUGAUGCAAAAUCGGUUGCAUUGGACGAUACCCCACAAACUCAACAAGGUUGCGGCCCCCACCGUGAUUCAGAUUUAAUCACCUAUAUUUAUCAAGCUACCCCACAUCAAGACUCAUUACAAGUACAAAACUUCCAGGGCCAAUGGGUCACUGUACCAAACCUCCCAGGUCACUUGGUAGUCAAUAACGGUCAAACUAUGGAAGCAAUUACUCAAGGUGUUUGUAAGGCUACCAUUCAUCGUGUUUUGAUACCUAAACCAGGAUCGGGCACGAGAAUUUCCAUUCCAUUUUUCCAAACUAUUGAUUUAGAUAGUUCAAAAUCCGCCGUGCAAAAUAUUCCUGAGGAAAUAAUAAAACAAAGAGAUGAAAGAGAUAAGAAAAUUAAGGAUUGGGCUGUUGAUGUUGGAUUCCAAUUUAAACCUGAUGUUUCCAAAGAGCCAGUUGGGUACGCCGUAUUUAAAAACAGAAUUAAGUCCCAUCAAGACGUGGCUCAAAGGUGGUAUCCUGAAAUCUUGACCCAAGUUUUGGCAGAAUAUGCAAAAUAAUAAACUUAUAUUUUUGUUAUGAACGGUAUAUAGGAAAAUAUGAUAAAAACAUGAAUUAAACCAAAAUCAAUCUUAUAUUAAAGCUCUCUUUAGUUCUUCUUGUCAUCAUCCUUCUUAUCGUCGGACUUCUUGUCACCAGAGUGGUUGAUCUUGUAUUCAGCGUAGGUUUCAGUGGCAAACUUCUUAACGUCACCACCAGAGCUUUCGUAGUUUUGGUAAGCAUCCUUAACAUCAGCACUAGUGAUGUUACCAUCCUUAACGAAUUGUUCACCCUUUUUAAGAAUAUCGUCGAAACCCAUUGUGUUAAAUAAAAAACUUUUCUAUAUGAUUCAGAAAACUUUAAAAAGAAAAUUCUACAAGAUCAACAGGAAAAUCUACCGUAUUUAUAGUCGACAAUCUCGCCUCAUUCUUC